GUUAUCGCCCGGUUACCGCUCGGUUAUCGCCAUGUCCUCCGGCGGUCCCCUGCAGAUCCCGGGCCGGCUGCCGUUGCUGGUGUCCCAGGAGGGGGUGCUGCUCCCGGGGGCCACGCUGAGGCUGAGUGUGGACUCUCCCGGUAACCUGGCUCUGGUCCGGGGCCGCCUGCUCCGGGGAACCUCCCUGAGGAGCUCAGUGAUCGGAGUCACCCCGGGCCCCCCGCCACCAGCACCACUGCACAGCAUUGGAACUGCAGCCUUGGCCGUGCAAGUGGUCGGCAGUAACUGGCCGAAGCCUCACUUCACUCUGCUCGUCACUGGUCUGUGCCGAUUCCAGGUAGUGGAGAUUCUGAACGAGAAGCCGUAUCCUGUUGCCGUGGUGGAGCAGUUAGACCGUCUGGAGCAGCUUAGCAGUAAGACGGAGCUCAAGGAAGCCCUGGGAGAGCUGUCGGAACAAUUCUACAAAUAUGCCGUACAGCUGGUUGAUAUGUUGGACAAUUCAGUUCCCGCUGUGGCCAAACUGAAACGCUUGUUGAAUAAUCUGCCGAGGGAACUCUUACCAGAUGUCCUGACAUCCAUAAUCCGGACCACGAACGAAGAGAAACUGAAGAUUCUAGACGCUGUGAGUCUGGAGGAACGUUUUCGAGUUACCAUCCCUCUGUUACUACGGCAGAUUGAAGGGUUAAAACUCCUACAGAAGACGCGGAGCCUGAAAUCGGAUGAUGACAAAAGGGUGGUCGCUAUUCGGCCCCUGCGGAAGCUCGGUGCCAUUAAUGGGAAACCUUUUUCUUUGGAAAACGCAGACGAGGAUGAUGAAGAUUCAGAUGACAUCAUUCUCCUUGAGAAGAAAAUCAAAUUGUCCAACAUGCCAGAGCCGGCGCUGAAAGUCUGCGUCAAGGAAAUUAAAAGAUUAAAGAAAAUGCCCCAAUCCAUGCCAGAGUACGCCUUAACCAGGAACUACCUGGAGCUCAUGUCAGAGCUGCCGUGGAGUAAAAGCACCAGAGAUCGUCUGGAUAUCCGAGCUGCCAGAGUUCUUUUGGAUAACGAUCACUAUGCCAUGGCAAAACUGAAAAGGAGAGUCCUGGAGUAUCUAGCGGUCAGACAGCUCAAAAACAACCUGAAAGGACCAAUCCUUUGCUUCGUUGGACCCCCUGGGGUGGGGAAAACUAGUGUUGGCCGAUCCAUUGCAAAAACGUUGGGCAGAGAAUUCCACCGGAUUGCAUUGGGUGGAGUGUGCGACCAGUCAGACAUCCGAGGACACAGGCGCACAUAUGUUGGCAGCAUGCCCGGCCGUAUCAUCAAUGGGUUAAAGACUGUCGGGGUGAAUAACCCGGUUUUCCUCCUGGAUGAAGUUGAUAAGUUGGGGAAGAGUUUACAGGGGGAUCCGGCAGCCGCCUUGCUGGAGGUCCUGGAUCCCGAGCAGAACCACAGCUUUACAGACCACUACCUAAACGUGGCCUUUGACCUGUCCCAGGUCCUCUUUAUAGCCACGGCCAAUACGACAGCAACUAUUCCACCUGCCCUGCUGGACAGAAUGGAGGUUCUGGAGGUUCCAGGAUACAGUCAAGAAGAAAAGCUGGAGAUCGCCCAUCGUCAUCUGAUCUCCAAACAGCUGGUGCAGCAUGGUCUGACCCCGGAGCAGGUCCAGAUCCCACCAGAAGCCACACUGGAGAUUAUCACCAGGUAUACUCGGGAAGCUGGUGUACGCUCGCUAGACCGCAAACUUGGAGCCAUUUGUAGAGCAGUCGCUGUUAAAGUGGCAGAAGGACAGCACCGGGAAACAAACUCAGCGCACACGGAUGGCGAAGAUCGCAAAGCAGGCGUCCCAGAUCAAGCAAAACUUGAGAUGAUUACUGAGACUGCAGACCUAACACUGCCUCCUGAAAUGCCCAUUUUGAUUGAUCGCCAUGCGUUAAAGGAUAUUCUAGGACCUCCAAUGUAUGAGAUCGAGGUGUUUGAGCGUUUGAACCAGCCCGGUGUGGCCAUUGGUUUGGCCUGGACACCCCUGGGAGGUGAGAUCAUGUUUGUGGAAGCCAGCCGCAUGGAUGGUGAAGGCCAGCUAACACUAACCGGCCAGCUGGGAGAUGUCAUGAAGGAGUCGGCACAUCUGGCCAUCAGCUGGCUGCGCAGUAACGCAAAGAAAUACUGGCUAACAAACGUAUCGGGAAGUUUUGAUCUCCUUGACAACACAGACAUCCAUUUGCACUUCCCUGCCGGAGCAGUCACCAAGGAUGGGCCAUCUGCAGGUGUUGCCAUAGUAACAUGCCUGGCUUCCCUAUUCAGUGGCAGGCUGGUGUCCUCUGAUGUAGCCAUGACUGGAGAGAUCACACUGCGAGGACUCGUACUUCCUGUUGGCGGGAUUAAAGAUAAGGUAUUAGCAGCACACAGAGCAGGCCUGAAGCGUGUCAUUAUACCCAAGCGUAAUGAGAAGGACCUGGAAGAGAUUCCACUUAAUGUACAGCAGGAUCUAAGCUUUGUGUUGGCAGAAUCCCUGGAUGAUGUACUUAACGCAGCAUUUGAUGGUGGAUUUUUACAGAAAAACGAAUCAGAGCUUCUAAACAGUAAACUGUAACUAUAUCAGACUGCUGCUCAUCUUCCCAGCGUAAGGUCUCAUUUAAACAAGGUUAGAGUAAUGGAGUUAUAAUAAGCACAUGAUGCCUGGCUUGCAAAGAAUUAUGGGAAACCAUUUAGAUAGAGCCUAGCUAAAUGAAGUAAAGGAAGCUUUAAUUUAAAUGAUUAAACCAGAAUCUGUUUAUUACCAAUAAAUGAAAGUAGCUAUUGAGUUGUGUCUGUUGCAGUCUAGAUUUAUUAUAUAUAUUAGACAGGCAGGGCUCGUGAGUUCCUGCCAACAUGUAUCUUGAGCAGGCAAGUCAAUCCAGAUUUUUACUGCUGUAGGUUGAUGCACAUAUUAAUGUGAUUAAAUAAAAGAAUUUAACCUUG